UCAGAAGGAAGAAGACAGGAUCUGUACACCAAAAUACCACCUGGUUCACUUUCUAGCAGUCGCAAGAGAUGGUUUGCACUACGAAAUACGCUGGUCUUCAGUACGAUUACAAAUAAUCUCGCUAUGUCUGCAUACGGCAUGAGUCGUGCUAGCGGCACUUACUAUGGUGCUCCAUCCCGAAGUUACGGAGUAAAGACACCAAGCUAUGGCUCCUAUGGAAGUUACUCUAAGCCUUCUUACACCCCAUCCUCUUCCGUAUACGGAUCCUCAUACAUCACUCCAAGAGAAAAAUCUGUAGAUCGAUCCACUGCUGGAUACACAUCUGACUAUGGAAAAUCCGGAUAUACUUCAGAUUAUGGGAAAUCUGGAUAUGCCUCCGACCGCAGCCGAGUGGGUUAUACAUCCGAUUAUAAUGCUAAACCCAAUACUAAUUACUCAUCCUAUUCCAAACCUUCUUCGUAUGGAUACGAAAGAAGUCUUAGCAGACAGAACAGUAUCACUGGAUCUGAUAGGUUAUCUAGACAGAACAGCCUUUCGCGGAACAAUAGUCUAUCUAGACAAAACAGUAUCUCGAGCAGUGAUAGCUUGUCUAGGAGAAAUAGUUUGAACAGAAGAGACAGCCUUUAUGAUAGACGUGACAGUUACAAUGUCUUGAACAGUUUACCAGCAAUGAAUUAUAAUUCUUAUUCUAGGUCUCAGAGUAGGGAAGAUGUUUCUCCUAAAGUUAAUGGUGUGGUCAAGUCUGAUUCAAAAACAAGAGCGAACUGUAAAGCUCCAGCGGACUUUUCAUCAGAAGAAGCAGAGUCUGAAGAAGAGACUGAGUCGGAUGAUUCCGAAGAGCUUGAGGCGGAUGAGAAGCUCAUGGUAACAAGAGGCACAUCUCCCACCAGAGAAACUACGAACGGAACAUCUAGUACACUCGCGACGACGCGAAAAGAGAAGAAAAAAAUAACACCGAACGUACCGAAAAAAAUGACUGAAAACUCCUGUCAAGUAGUUCCAGAAGAAAUGCCUGCUAGACGUCAGAGAUUUAUAUCUUCUCGUCCUACUAGUCUUUAUAUAAAUAAAUACUAUCCCAGUUCGAGCAGGUUCUCAUCUACACCAUCUUCACGUGUCUACGGAUCGAACAGUAGUGAAAGCCGUGUCAAAUCGCCUGAAAAGUCUCCUCCAACUUCAACUAACAAAACGCAGCUAACAGUCGACGAGUCUCCCUCAGCAGGAGGCUUCUCUAGAGAUGCAUCACCUAAUGAAAGACAGCCAACGGAAGAACCGAAUAAGGACUUUCGAAAAUCAGUCCUCAACAUGAACGUUGACGAAAAUUUAAAAGACGACAUUGAACGACGGCAAGAGGAAAUGCGUCGCCAUCGACGACGGCACAGAGACCCCAACACCCUAAGUGUUGAACAACAAUCCUCAUCUGCUUCCCCUACUUCCUCAGACGACGAAAAGAAACAACACGACCAAGACUCUGACGUUAAAAAACGCAAAGUACUUCGAAAAUCACCGUCCAGAGCGGGUAUCCUGGCUAAAUGUGGUUCUCGAUCAAAAGUGGAAACAUCUGUGAAGAAAAGUCCCUCCCAUGUUAGAGUCCGACGUGUGAAAGAAGACGGUUCUGAAGCAGCGGCUACUUCCAGUUCUAGUUCCACUUCAUCUUCUUCAUCUUCAGAAGAUGAGAAUAAGAGGAGUUGUCCACGUCAGAGACGCCGUGGAGGAAAGAGUUCUAAAGAAGAUACUGAAGAUACUAACGACCAACAGGACAGUAAAGAUGACGCGCCGUCUGUAGUUGUACACCCGCCCAUCGAAAGUGAAAAAACUGACAAAGAUGAAGCAGAACCUGUUCAGAAAUUAAUAAAAGUUCCCAGCAGUGAAUCUUCUGAUCUGACUUCUCCAGGAGAAGUAGUCCAUCUUACUUUUCCCCCUCCGAAAACACCACCUCCGCUGGAGAGGGUUGAUUCGGGGAGGAAUGUUGCAGUGUCCGUGAAUAUCGCGGAUUUCCUGAAACCAAAGACCGCUACGAAGAAAAAAAGUAGCACGAGUAGUUCAGAAGAAAGUAGUAGUAGCUCUGAAGAAGAAGAAGAAAGGGAUCUAGAAACCCCUGUCGUUCCCGUAAUCGAUCCUUCUGAAAGUGCAAAACCUGUCAGCGAAGAACAAACAAAAACAAAAUCUUCCUCUUCUUCAUCAUCCAGUGAAGAAGAGGACGAGGAGGAAGACAGUGAGGAUGAAAAAGGUAGCGAUGAUAAGACUGGCGAUGCGAAAAAUAUCCAGCGAUCGGCAACCGUCAUUCAAGUGAAAGAACCCGAAAAGGAAGCGAAAGAAAGCAGCGAAGAAACGAGUGAAGAAUCGAGCGAAGAAGAAAGCGAAGAUGAAGAGGCCAAACUUAAGCGGUGCCCCACCCAAGUCAUCAAUACUGCUAAAGAAGCAGAAAAGAAGAAAAAAUCAGAAUCCGAAGAAGAAAGCGAAGAAGAUUUAACCAGUGAAGAGGAAGUACAAGAAACAAAAGAAACAGAAAAGAAAGACAGCGGAAAGAAAGAAAUGGUUCCUGCAGUAAACGGAGAAUCUUACUGGCCUAAAAUCGAGAAAAAGGAUAGCUUACAAACCUCAGAUAAUUUGACUCUCUUCAUAGGAAAAUGCAAAGAUAUCGACGAAAUGUUAGGCGCUCCCAGCCCGAUUAGUCCGAGUUCUGCACCUGUUCUGAAUUCGUCGUCUCCUACAAAGCAGCAACCAUUCAAAUUUCAAGCCACGAUAACUCCUUCUGAGAAAAAGCCAAGUUCUGAAUCCUCUGAAGAAGAAAGCAGCAGCAGUAGUGAUCUCGAAGAAGUAGACCCUUCUGCUGUCAAGUUUCAUGAAUCUAAACCUCAAAAACCAGAGCUGGGUGCCUACACUGAAGAGAUAGAUUCAAGUGCGGUGCGGAUCAGAGAAAGCAAGCGACUUAAUUCCGAACUCGCCCCAGAGGAAAUUGAUUCAUCCUCUGUCAAAAUCCGUGAGCCCACUGUCAUGCAUGGACAUAUAUCCAAAGCUCCAACACGAAAGGCAGAAGAAUGUGGAAUUAUUAAAAGAGGAAGUCUAUCGAAUGGAACACUUGUUGACCCAGGAAGUCGCCGAAAUUCGUCAAGUAAUCAGCUCAUGGCUAAAGCUAACGCUAUUAUUGGUAAGUAAAUCCUUAACAAAAAC